AUUUUGCUUAAUUUUUGUGAAAAUUGUUGUGAAAAGUUAAAAUUGUGUACCCGUUUGUGCCUGCUAGUGUGCUAACAAGUUUCCGCUAGAUAGUUCCAAACAAUUACAAUAAAAUUGGGCACAAAAAUGCAAAGCGUAGCCGACCAGUCGCAAAGAACGAUUUCGGCAGGUGCUGCAUAAUGUGUGAUAAUGGCUACAAAAGCUCAUUCAUUUUCUAGGUAGUUGGCCAAAGUGUUUUUGCAGAGCAAAAACAAUUCGCGUUUCGUAAAUGAUGCGACUAAAGCACGGCAUGAAAAUGUCUGCUAUCCUGGAGCAGGGCACUAAGCGCUGCCGCCGAGCAGACACAAAGCAGGAGGAGUGCCCGAAAAAGAAAAAGUUGGAUCUUUGGAAAAAGAUAAUCGCGAUUCUCAAAAAAGUGGAAUCCAAACGGACCGGUGACGAUGAACGACUAUUAGGCAAUCAUAAAGCAUUGGUUAAACAGAUUCUGGAACGGAGGAAGCGACGCGUGGAAUAUAAAAAACGUAUGCUGGAAACCGAAGAUGAUCCAGUUGAUAUAGAAACAAAAGCAUUAAAGCUAGCACAAGCCAUCCUCAAAUCUAAUCAUUUACUGGUUUAUACGGGAGCAGGAAUCAGUACUUCGGCAAAGAUACCAGAUUACCGAGGAAGCCAGGGUAUCUGGACUUUGCUGGCACAGGGCAAAGAUAUUGGCGAGUACGAUCUUUCACUAGCUGAUCCCACAUACACACAUAUGGCCCUUUUUGAGUUGCACAAAAGAGGGAUUCUGAAGCAUGUUGUUUCUCAAAAUUGUGAUGGUUUGCAUUUGCGCUCCGGUUUGCCCAGAUUUUCCCUGUCGGAGGUGCAUGGAAACAUGUACGUAGAGGUAUGCAAAAGCUGUAAACCGAAUGUCGAAUAUUGGCGGUUGUUUGACACUACACAGCUAACAAACCGGUAUCAGCACAAAACAAACCGACGUUGUAGAAAGUGUGGCAAACCUCUAGUGGAUACAAUUGUUCACUUCGGCGAGCGAGGGCAACUGAAGUGGCCAUUAAAUUGGGGCGGAGCAACGCCGCACACAGAAAAGACUGAUGCUAUUCUUUGCUUAGGUUCUAGCUUAAAAGUGCUUCGAAAGUACACCUGGUUGUGGGCCACAGAUAGACCAAUAAAGAAACGUCCAAAAAUUUUUAUAAUAAACUUGCAGUGGACUCCGAAGGAUAAAGUUGCAUCGAUUAAAAUUAACGGAAAGUGCGACGAAGUGAUGCGACUUGUAAUGAAGCAUUUAAACAUUGAUGUUCCAGAUUAUAAUCGUUUGAAGGAUCCAAUCUUUGCUCAUGCUACAUUGUUACUGCCAGAAGAACUGCAUACCGCGUCACAACCUAUGCUUAAAAAGGCCGUCAAAGAAGGAAAUUUAGAUGAAGGGGCAUGUUCGAAUGGAGUUGACGUAAAGAAGGAAGUAAAAGAUGAAGAAAUGGGUAUAAAGAAGGAGACAAUGACCGCAACUCCACAUCAACCACUCCCGUUCCUUCUAAAUUCGCAAUCUUUUCUAAUGCCUCAACAGAUGUACAUUAACAAUCUACUUAUGCAGCAACAUCUUGGCUAUAACCUUAUGCUCAACGCUGCCCAGCUACAGAUGAAGAAUGAGACGCAAUCCAGCCCGACAUCUCCGACUGCCAAAUUACCACCACAAUGUGCAGUCCCUCCGCUGGUUCCAUGCACACCAAACGGGUCACGAGCGACGAUCUCUUCUCCUUCGACUAGGUUCAUUCUGCCUAAUUCCACCUCACCAUGUAAACAGCAGCAAUUGCCUUCGUCUAUGAAUGUUAUCAAAAUCGACACUGCCUCGAGUCUGUUUGGAAAUCUUCGACAAAUGCUCAACACAAUUGACGAUCGCCAGCCGUCACAUGGUAACUCAAGCACUAAUGAAUCGGUAAAAACCGGUGGCUCAUCAAUUAACAAAAUUCACAUUGUUAUGCAACCCGUUUUGCCCGCUGCUGCCAACGUUCCCAAAUUAAUCCCAUUAAAUUCAACGAUAAAGGAUUCUGCUCUCACUAAAGAAAUAAGCGGAAGCUCAACAGUAUGUAAUAAAGAGUCACCAGUAGAUGCAGUCAAAGCCGCCAUAGACAAUUCCCCAUUGUUGGAGCAUCCCGAAAAAGUGAGUGAAAAAAUUCCACACUGUAUAUUGCAAAAUGCAGCAGCAAUUGAACAAACCUGUUGUGGCAUUGAUACACCAAGCUCCCCGGGCUUAAAAGCAGUGGUCGACAAUUGCUCAAGUUCGGCUACUGAAACGUCUGGAAGCGAAGAUAUUCAUAAAACUGUCAGCAAUGUUGAAACGAAAGCGGCAAUGAAAAAUGUAGAACUCAAUACUGCUGUUUCUGUGUCCGUGGUUCAAGAUUCAAUCAAGAAACGUGUGCAUUCAUUCGAUCGACUCGAUACUUCGGGUUCUGCCGAUACACAUUUCAAGGAAGGUUCAGCGAAAGAUAAUUCGCCCGGACUAUCGUCUGCCAAUCCAUCAGGUCAACCCCCAAACACAGUAAAAGUAGUCCUAAGUCAUAGCCAAGUAUUUCAACUGUACGAAAGUGCACCGAAAUUUAUGGAUGGCUCUCCUCCCGCGUUGACACUUAUAAGUCCGAUAAAACUCCAACUGCCGGUUUCCGUACAACCCGGAAAUGUUGCCCCUGUUUCGACGACCCAACUCGGUGGAAUUCAAACAAAAAUUCUUGGCAGCAGCAAUUGUAACAACAAAAGCAAUCCAAUCAAGCCGCUUCCUGCUAACAAGAUUAUUUUUGGAGGACAACAAUCUAUUCAAACACGAUUGCUGGCUCCACAAACAACGUGUUUGAAAAAUUUCCGCUUGAACAAAAUAAAACCUGCUGAGAGUUUAAUUCAACAAAUUCCAAACGCAGAAAAAAAGAAUCCAGUGAGCAACUCGGAAACCGGUGAUAUCGUUCCUCCAUCAGUACAGGUUUCGAAGCCUCUUAACUCGCCUACACUCUUAACAAAUGGCAUUCAGCAUUUGAGGACACCAUUAACGCCAAAUGGAGCCCUACAGCCACAUUUAAUGGUAAACGGAAUGCCCGCAGUUAUAACCACAAAUUUGGGAACUAACGCACCAAAAGCGAUUCCUGUGAAUGCAGCUCAGCGGUUCCCGAUAGCGUACGUGUUGAAUAAUGGAAUACCAAAUCAAGGAAGUAAUAUUGUGCUGCUUACGAGUCCGCCACGCGCCGUCAGUCCGACUAAGCCAAUAUUUCCAACCAUCCUGCCUACUGCCAUGCAAAUAAUGAAAACACCGACGAAGUCGGUUACACCAGCUUCCGAGACACAAUCCGGAAAAACUAUUGACGUAAAGCCGAGUGAGUCUGUGCAGUUAAACGAAAGUAGUCCGUCUCUCAAUGGAAAUAGUACAGAUGAAAAAAUCCAAGAUAGUUCGAAAUCUAUAACGGAACCAAAUCCCGAAGUAACACCACAAAAGCAAGACGAGCAAGUGCAGAAGGCGACGCUAGAACCAGCAUCGGAAAAUGAGACUUCCCCAUCACCGGGUAGAACUCGAAGCUUCCGAAUUCGUAAGAAAACUGACUUUCUCAAUAUAAAACACGAAAAGAAGCGAACUCGCAAAGACAACACCUCGACAGCAGUUACUCCGAAGAAGGAGAUUUCUGAAGUUGCUGAACCGUCAUCUACUAGGCAGGAACAGCCAGUUUCUACACCUACUACUGCAGCUAUAUUGAAUACAAUAGUCGCAUCAAGUGUGAAUACACCGCAAUUACUUAGAACGCCACCACUGACACCUACAACAGCGAUGGUUACGACGCCGAUGAUGAUGACGACUGCAGCCGCAACGCCACCAACCUGUACUAUACCAGUACGAAGCUUUCUGACAUUUUCACCGCCUGGUAGCUAUAUUCAACAAUUCGUUACACCAGUGCCGUCCGGAACAGUUGAAACAGCACAGGAUAAAGUAAAGCGCAUUCUUACCUAUUGUAAGGUCCUACAGGCACCGUGCGCUGCCACACUGCCGCAAUGGUACGACGUCAACUAUGCGUACUCUGGCUUGCACAGCAUUAUUCAUCCACCACCCCCUAACGUGAAUCUCUGGGGAGGAGCCGGAUCACCAAUAAAGGCUGAAGUGAACAUCGAGUGUAAAUUUUGUUUUGAAAACUACCGACAGAUCAGCUGCCAAUUCUACAUUGUACAGCCGGCCCAAUUUUUCGUACAAUCCAACAGGAAUGGCAAACUGGUGAUUUGCGAAUGCUGUGAUUUCUCGGAUGAGGAAGAAGAGGAUAACAAAGUAAAUCCCGAGGAAAAGUUGCCGGAAGAAGAGACGAAGCAAGAAGCAGUUGAUGAAGUGAAACCGGCGCCAGCUGCUUUGGCUUCAACGAGUGGUAACGAUAUUAAAAGUGAACCAGAAUCUGACAGCGCGGAUGACAAGCCAUUAGCAGAGAAGCCGGACGACGACAUGACCGAUGUUCUGGACAAACAUCAGAAACGAGUUAAAAUCGAAGGUAAAACUUUGACUAGCGUGGUGGGCUGUAAAGAAAAUGCCACCGUGACGUCUGGCCACGUCAAGAAGUCUCGUACGAAGCCUGGUUGGUAUGGCAAGGGGUACGGUAAGUUAAGAAAGAAGAAAAAAAGAUUCGGAUAAGGUCCCUUUGCCACUAUAAUUAACUAGGUAGUAUUAUAAUAGGUAGUUUGUAAUAAUUUCGCAUUCUCGUGUGAUUUCAUGUUUCGAAGUCGUAUUUCGUUCCUUUUUACUAUUUUGUGUUUGUGUAGGUAGUAGAUUAUGUAUAACAUCGAUUACUAUUUAGAUAAGUUUCAUUGCAUAUGUUUCAAUAUAUAUGUAUCAAUAUUUGCCAGCUUAUGAUGCGGGUUUUCGGCCGAAUUUCAAGUUAUUGCUCUGGUAUAGGACUCUUUCCUGAAAAAUAUCAAGGAGCGAUAAGUUUUUAAAAUAAUGUUUUCUAUGAGCCAUAAUGCACUCUGGUUCUUAUACGUUUCUCUCAAAGGCUCGUUGCAAGAAUUUGACUUUAAAAUUACUCAUCUGCGAGCAUAGUAUGCAUAUCUUCCUUCCAAACUAAAAGCAAAGAAUGACGCAGGCGUAUGAAUCGCAAUUAAAGUUCAACCUUUUUGCCAUCCGAAAAGAGCACAUUCUUUUAUUUCUCGGUCCAGGAAAUGCAUUUCUGCGCACUGAUUUGUGGUGCUGUUCUUUUCUUGUUGGUUGCAAUUUUACAAAUUCUAUCAUUAUUCGUGGAUUUCAAGGCAGCAUACGAUACAGAUGAGCACGAAAAGCUAUGAUAAAUAAUGCACCGGAAUGGUUUUCCGUAUAAACUGAAUCUGAAAAGUCCUGUUUAGAUAUCCGCGGCCCUAUAACUCCAGCAGAAUCAGACUCUCCAAAAAGACAAAAGAAUGGACAAACAGCCGCGGUUAAAAUUUUCCUGAAGCGUGUUAUGGAUAACGUUCAUGUUUCGGUAGCUGUCCUUUUGAAUCGCGUAGAUGGUUGCGUUGCGGCAUGGGUUUAUUUUACAUCGCUACUGAAGACAUAUCCCGGCGAGAGGAUGUCCAAACGAGACGCCAACUUCGGCAAGAGUAGCUCACUCCUAGCCUUAACAUCAUUAAUAAAAAUUUUGAAACGGCGAAGGUUUUCUACGCCAGAUAAAAAUAAAUGUGUCGAAAUAGAUGGUAGAAAGAGGCACCAGAGAAAACAACGUUCGUCUUCGAAUUCGAAUUUAAAUCGAAUGUCAAGUUCUGGUAUUUUUCAGGAAAAUGUCGAAAGAAUUUAUGAAAAUCGAUGACAAAAUAGCACACAUAAUCGAUUUUAAAAUCAACGUGCUCUGCUCAGUCCAAAAACUUCAAAAAAUUUACAACCCAGACGAUAAUAGUUUGACUACAAGUACUAGUUUUUAAAUAUAAAAAAUAUGAUCAUUUCUUUAACAGUACGACGAUCAUUUCGUUUGAUAAUUAUUUGUAAAAAUGAAAAAUUAAAACUUGUGAUUUAAAAUUGAAUUAUCCACAGACAGUGCGCAAAAUAGUGGAAAAAAAAUUACACACAGUUAAUCUUUUCCAAAGUUACUAAAGGCAUUUCUUUUUUUGAAUUUACCUCUCUCCUUCCAUUUAGCUAUAACAUUGCGAUGAAACCGAAUAGAUAUAAAAAUAAAUAAGUAUAAGAUAAGCUUCGAAGAAAGGUUAUGCAGCAAAUGGCAUAAUCGAACAGUAACUUAAGCAGUAGUGUUAACAGUGUUAACAGAGUUACAAACGCUGUGUGUGCGUGUGUUGAAAUAUUGCUGCAGAAAUUUGCAGAACCCGAGAGAUUUUUGUACAUUGUUUGACUAUAGACCAUGUAAGUUACUAAGUACUAA